AUGCUGGACGAUAAUCGCAAGAUCGGCACUUUACUGCUAGGUCUGGGCUUUGCAUUUUUGCUGCUUGGUGUGCUCAUGAUCUUUGAUGCUGCAAUGCUGGCACUUGGUGAUGUGCUGUUUUUGAGUGGUGUGGCGCUCACCAUUGGUCUUUCACGGACAGUACGUUUUUUCACGCGGAAGGAGCGGUGGCGUGGUAUCGUGUGCUUCUUGGGCGGCAUUCUAUUGGUCAUGCUGCGUUACCCUGUGAUUGGCAUGAUUAUUCAAAGCUUUGGCUUUUUGAAUUUGUUUGGGUCGUUCUUCCCUGUGGCUGUGGCUUUCUUGCGUCAGACGCCUGUGAUUGGGAUGGUGCUGAAUCUACCAGUCAUCAGUGAGAUGGUUGAUCGACUUGCAGGAGCGCAAAAGCGCGGAUACCAGGUGUGA